AUGGAUGAGAGUGAUGUCAUCAUAUCCUCCACUGAAAUAAUAAAAGACAGAUUAUACUUUGCAACCCUAAAAUCCGGCUACAAACCGAAACCUACGCGUAACAGUAAAUACUUCCAUAUAGAAGAUGAGAUCGUCUACGAGAAUUUUUAUUUUGACUUUGGACCGUACCACCUGUGCCAUUUGUAUCAGUUCUGCAACAAGCUCAAUGAGGAAUUGGAGAGGAAUCCGAAGAAAAAGAUUGUAUUCUAUACCAGUAACAAUGAGACCUUACGACUUAAUGCUGCCUACCUUAUUGGAAGUUAUCAGAUAAUAUACCUGGGCGGGUCCCCAGCGGCAGUGUACAAGCAACUGACGGAGGGAGGAGAAUGGUCGCUGUUGACUUUCCGCGACGCGUCCGGAGGCCCGCCACUCUUUGACAUCUCUCUAUUGGAUGUGCUACAUGGUCUGAAAGUAGCCCAUGAUGCACGCUUCUUCGACUUCCGGCAUUUCGAUGCUGAACAGUAUCUAUUUUAUGAGAAAGUAGAAAAUGGCGACUUAAAUUGGAUCAUUCCGGACAAAAUGCUUGCGUUCUCUGGUCCCCACCAUAGGUCGCGACUGGAUCGUGGCUAUCCCCUCCACAGUCCCGAGCACUACCACGACUACUUCCGGACCCACCACGUCACCACCGUCGUGCGAUUAAACAAAAAAUCCUAUGACGCAAGGCAAUUCACUGCGCACGGUUUCGAGCAUCGAGAACUGUUCUUUGUGGAUGGAUCUGUGCCCUCUGAUCUCAUUGUAAAUAGAUUUAUACGGAUUGCGGAAGCUGCGAAAGGUGCUGUCGCCGUGCACUGUAAAGCGGGACUGGGGCGCACGGGCACGCUGAUCGCGUGCUACAUGAUGAAGCACCACGGCUUCACGGCGCGCGAGGCCAUCGCCUGGCUGCGGCUGUGCCGGCCCGGCUCCGUCAUCGGCCACCAGCAGUGGUUCCUCGAGAAUGUCCAACCCCGAAUGCAUGCAGAAGGUGAGGCAUACCGUCGCCGCCACAACAUAACUUCGUUCCCGGUGUUCACGCGCGGCAUCUACUGCGACCUGCCGCCAGAAACAAGGGACGUGCACGAAAAACCAAGUGGUGAUAACAAACCAGUCUCACUGCAGUCAAUACUGCAUAGCAAUAAAAAUAUGAAUAAGCUGGACAACGCGAACGCACUUAACGCAAACGAAGCUGACUCUGAGAACAACGUAACAUCAGUCAUUGGAAAGUACAAAACUACGCCGACACCAAUGUUGCCAACAAAAACCGUAUUCACACCCAAAAUGAAUUACAUGAUGCCCACGAAUAACAUCCGCAAUGCUAACAACACGAACUUAAAACCUCAGCCAAGGUUAAUAAACUCCACCCUCAAAUCGCAUUAUGCGUCGAAAACUUCAACUUUCCCGCCAACGAGAGGUGCGAAUUCGCAAGCAAACAAAUUGGUAGCCAGCGUCAAGUCGUCUUUCACAGGAAAAAAUAGCUUCCACGGUCAAAGAGCUAACCUUGCCCGGCCAACGUUAAGCUAUACGCACGGUAGCAGCCCUUUGAAAACAUUCACUAGAAAAGCUGCGAGUGUGAGCAAAAUUACGGCAAACGACACGUCUGUCGUGAACACACUCAGUAAUGUGACGUCCCUAUCGGCUUUGACAGAGAACUGUCAUUUGAACGGCAAAAACCGAUUACCCUCCGAGCCGAAUUUGAAAACCGUCACCUCAACAAAAGGCUCUGUAGCUAACGUUAACGGUAGAAAGAAAUUAAUAAUCCGUUCAAAUUCAAGCUCCAGAAAAAGGCUUCCAAAAAAUCUUCCAAAGAAUGGGCUCGAGUCCACUCAAGAUCUGUCUUCCAGCGACACAAACGUAACUAAUAUUUCCGCGGACUCUCUAGAAACCCCCUUCAGGUUUAGACGGAAAAGGGAUAAGUCAAGUAGUCCGGAACCAAUGGACUGUGUAUCCAAUUCUAUUAUAACAGCCGACGUUACACCUGACAAUUACGAAGAGACAAAUAACUCGCAAGGCAAUAAACUAUAUAAAAUCAAAGCAUUAAGAAAGAAAUGCCCAGCUUUCGGAGUCAGCCUUCUUAAGAAAGACAACGUUCAAACGCGGUCUAGUAGUUGCGCGAGUAGUGCGAAUGUCAAAAAGAAAUGA